AUGCCUGACUACCCGGGGGCGCAGGGGGAGGGGAGCGGUAGUAUGAGAGCGAUUCAUUCUCCUUUGGAUAAAACCACUUAUUACGGCCAUAUCAAAAAUGAAUAUUUUCCGAGUGUCUAUUUACCGAUGAAUAAAGAGGGUUUAGAUCAAUCAUGCGAACAACAGGAACCGAGAAAAUUAGCAGCGCUCAAUAUUGAGGAAGGAAAAAAUUGGAAUGAUUACUACUCCUAUUACAGUAAUCUUGUAAGUGACAGCAAUAACAAUAAACAAUAUCGUUAUAAGACAUUGUAUUUAAUCCGUCACGGCCAAGGCAAGCAUAAUCUAGCGGAAUCCACUUACGGUAGUGUCAAAUGGGAAGCCGAAUUGGCUCAAUUAGAUGAUUACCUUGACGCUCAACUGACAGAUCUAGGAAAUAAACAAGCAGAAAUAUUAUUAAAUUAUGUACAAGAUGGUGUGGAGAAUGAUGGGUUGAAAAUAGAUUAUGUGGUUGUAUCGCCACUAUCAAGAGCCAUACAAACCGCGUUAGACGGAGUAUAUCCAGCGCUCAUAAAUAAUAAUAAAAUUAAGAGCAUUGACAGUGCUAGUAAAAAUCAAUCUGUACCUAUCGUAGCAUUUGAAUACGCCCGUGAGACAAUUGGACGACAUACCUGUGAUAAGCGUAACUCAAAAACCAUACUGCAGCAGCGAUUUUCCUCGGUCAAUUUUGACUACUUGCUGGAUGAAGAGGAUGCAUUGUGGACUCAAAUGAGAGAAACAUACGCACAGGAGAUUUUACGUGCAGGAAAGUUAUUAAAGAUAUUGUUUGAACUGCCAUAUAAGAAUAUAGCGGUUGUAGCACAUAGUGGAAUAUUGAGAUGUAUUACCAAACAGCUGGGAGCUGUGAUAAAUGAAGGAAUGAUAGGCAAUGUGGAAACAGGGAUUGGAUCCGGAAUUGGCUUGCAGAAUUGUGAAUUUCUGCCGGUGUUGGCUGUCCAGAUUAGAAACUCACAACAGCAACAAGAAUUUUUCAUCAAUAAAUAA